GAUGUUUGCAUUCAUAUCGAAGGCGGCUUUUGCGUCGAAGCCCGUUGAUUGACGGGGUAGGGUGGAGUCAGAGGAGCUAUCCAAUUCUCCCCGCCCCUUCUCGCCUCUCUCGGAGGCAGGUCUAGCAUGACGUGACGGGAAGAACGACUGCAGCCUCGGCAUCUCGUCCCGCAGGUCGCUUUCAAACUGAGCAGCACAAAUCUCACAGAGACUUUUGGUUGCUGGUUCCUCACCAGAGCAGCAGCUCCCAACUUCACUCCUAACGUUUUUCACUAGGGAGAAGAUGAGUCAGGAGGAACUUAACACAGCUGCGGUUCCCCUCUGUGCAGAGGAUGUGCAGGGAGAUGAUCGUUGGAAAUCACUGCACAGUCGGUUUGUCUCUGACUGCAAGGACAAGGAGCCAGAUGUUCUGUUUGUGGGGGACUCCAUGGUACAACUUCUGCAGCAAUAUGAGAUCUGGAAGGAACUGUUCUCACCACUCCAUGCACUCAACUUUGGCAUUGGUGGAGAUACUACACGGCAUAUUUUGUGGAGGUUGGAGAAUGGAGAAUUGGAAAACAUUAAACCCAAGGUGAUUGUCCUGUGGGUGGGGACCAACAAUCAUGAGCACACAGCUGAGGAGGUGGUUGGUGGGAUUGAAGCUAUCGUACAGCUCAUUAAUACACAGCAGCCUCAGGCUAAGGUGGUGGUUUUGAGUCUGCUGCCUCGUGGAGAGAAGCCCAACCCACUGCGGGAGAAGAAUGCACAGGUCAACACGUUGCUGAAGAGAUCACUGAUGAAGUUCUCCAAAAUGCAGUUCUUGAAUGUUGACAUUGACUUUGUGCAUUCAGAUGGCACCAUCUCCCACCAUGACAUGUUUGAUUAUUUGCACCUCACCCGGAUGGGCUAUGCCAAAGUCUGCAAACCUGUCUACGAACUGCUUGUUCAGCUGCUGGAGGAGACCCCUGAGGAGAAGCAAGCCAUACUGGCAUGAGAGGGUAGUAAACCCCAUUGCCCAUCCUGAAUGGGACCUAAGCAGAGCUGUCUGUAGAAUCCUGCAACAUUCUUAACUGGAGAACUCAAAUAAAGGCACCUUUGUAUCAUGAAGUGUACAUUUCCCACCAAACUGCAUGCAGUGAAAUAAUCCAUUCUUUAGGCCAUAGUGCAGCUAAAAUAUAAAUUGUUCUUUCAUUGUCAGUAGACAGAAUCAUUGUAUUAAUUAUGUUGUGUGUGUGUGUUUACGUAUGUUAGAAUUAUUUUAGAGCUGAUUCAAUUAAUGGGCUUGCAUAUAACCAGCUUUUUAAAGAUAGAACAAUCUGAGUGGUUAAAUUAUUUUUUUGGCUAUAGUCUUGGAUCCUGUAUCUGCCUCUUGUAGGGAUUUUUCAGUAAUUGACAGAAGUUGGUCAUCACUGCUUUGUGCGGUCAGGAGACCACUAGUGGUUGUAGAUGGAACACAUAAGGCAGCCAUCAUUUUGGAGGAUGACCAAAUUGCCUGAGUCUUGUAACACAAUAUGAAACUGAGCAGCUUUAUUUGCUUUUCCAAUUUCUUAACAUUGUAUCUUUGAAUUGGAAGUAUAAAAAGCUUGUAGCAGUACAUCUUGUUUUGAUGCAUUUGUCUUAACAAGUAUCAGUGACCCACCACAGUGGGUUCCUUAAAUGAAGAGCAAUAAGAGCCUUUAGUUAGUUUUAAUUGCUUUAUUUGCCCAACUUUAAAAUUGUGUCCCUAUAUUUGUCAAUUUCAGGGAAGAUAUGGGUUAAUAUGGGAAGAUAUGCUCCUGUUUUGACGCUUUAUUAAUUGUAUAAGUCUUUGUUAGUUACUGCUGACCCAGAAUUGUAAAUCUUGCUUUUCAAGGUGUAAAUUGUAAAGUCAAGAGGUAAUUUUACAACUAUAUAGGACCCUGGUCAGAUCCCACUGAAAUGAGUACUGUGCUCAUUUCUGGUCAUUACCGGAAGGAUAUGGAAACUAUAGAAAGGGCGCAGAGAAGAUACAAGAAUAGGUUGAGUGAACUUGGCCUUUUCUCCUUGCGGCAAUGGAGAAUGAGAGGUGACCUGAUAGAGGUGUAUAAGAUGAUGAGAAACAUUCAUCAUAUGUAUAGUCAGAGGCUUUUCCCAAGGGCUGAAAUGGCUAGCACAAGAAGGCACAAUUUCAAUGUGCUUGGAAGUAAGUACAGAGGAGAUGUAAGGGGUAAGCUUCUUACGCAGAGAGUGGUGAGUGUGUGGAAUGGGCUGCCGGUGACGGUGGUGGAUGUGGAUACGAUAGGGUCUUUUAAGACACUCCUGGACAGGUACAUGGAGCAUAGUAAAAUAGAGGGGUAUGGGUAACCCUAGGUAAUUUCUAAAGUUAGUACAUGUUUGGCACAGCAUUGUGGGCCAAAGGGCCUGUAUUGUGCUGUAGGUUUUCGAUGUUCUAUGUAAAUAGAGUGUUGUAAACUUUCAUUGGUUAUGUGAUAUGCACUUCAACUCUCUGAGGAACAUCCAUGUUUAGUAUCCUCUAAUAGUCUCAUCUGGAGCAACCAGGUAAAGACAUUUUUGUUUGUGACAUCAAUUGUAGGAAUCCCUCCAAAUUGGAGCUACACCAAUCUGGAAUGAUUGGGACCUGUGCAGUGUCAGAUUAUUGGCUUUUACUGAAUCACAAGUGGUUAGAUUAGGAUUAAAUAAGUAAACACCUUUAACCCAUUUGAUGAUCACAGAUAAUACAGAAAAAGAAAUGAUAAAUGAAAAACAUGUAAAAUUUACUGAAGUACAGUAUAGACAAAAUACUUUACAAGGUAUCCGUAUUUACUUACAUCAGAUAGUUGGUUAUUGCCACUUGCAAAGUAAAGAGUUGGAUUCUACAAAAGCAGAGUUACGUGUCUGAAAGUCGGUGGGGGGUGGUUGUGGGAGGUGGCUGUCAUCAGGAUUGUCUUGUGUUUUAUCUUGAAAGACAAAACUUCAUGGCUGGUGGUAUGAAACUGACCGAUCAUCUUCAAGGUUGUGGUAGCACAUCAGGGUGAACCGAAAUUGACUGCACUGAGUCUUACACUUUGUUAUAUUUUUCUGAAUGUAUCCUGCAAGCUAAUCUGUUUGCUUUUUCUUCAAUUAGUUUAUCUUGUAACAUGUACACAUUUAUAAUUUCUUGUUUAGUAAUAAAACUGCAUUGCUCGA